AUGCUUACCUUCAAGAAAGCCCUUGUGCUUUCCCUGGCUUGUUUGACGCUAUUCUUCAUCUUCAAGUCGCAGCACCACGGUAGCACAGCCCCCAACUUCCGCAAUGCGAAGGAGAUGCCCAGGCCGACCGCCUGGGUGAACCCAUCCGACAGGGAGCGCGCGAAGCUCAAGGAGAAGGAGUCGAAAGAGGCGCAGAAGGCCGCAGAGAAGGCGGAAAAGACCUUCGAUACGCCCGGUGCGCCAGCGCCCAAAAAGCCGAAAACCCAAAUCAGCAUGGACGAGCUGAGGAAGCGCCCACUCAAGGAACAGCUAGAAUACCAGUUCCCCUACGAUGUCGACGCGAAGACGCCCGCAUACAUUUGGCAGACAUGGAAGUACACACCGGCACAGGGCGAGUUUGAGGAGAUGUUCCGCGAGCCAGAGGCCAGCUGGAGCAUCCACCACCCGUCUUUCGUCCACGAGGUCAUCACCGAUAAUGUCGCAGUACACCUGAUCAGACAUCUAUAUUCUUCUGUUCCUGAGGUCAUUGAAGCCUACAACGCUCUCCCUGUCCCUGUGCUGAAAGCCGAUUUUUUCCGCUACCUUAUCCUCCUUGCCCGUGGCGGCAUCUACUCGGAUAUCGACACUUCGGCAUUGAAGCCUGCGUCGGAUUGGAUACCCUCUGACGUACCCGCGAACACCUACGGAAUGGUCAUCGGCAUCGAGGCUGAUCCAAAUCGCCCGGACUGGGCCCAGUGGUACUCCCGCCGCGUCCAGUUCUGCCAGUGGACUAUUCAGUCGAAGCCUGGCCAUCCCGUGCUUGUUGAUGUUGUUACAAACAUCACCCAGGAGACACUUAACCGCAAGCACGCGGGCAAGCUCAGCAAAGACUACAAAGGCAUCAUCGAGUUUACCGGGCCCGCUGUCUGGACCGAUACCAUCUUCGACUACUUCAACAACCCCGACUACUUCGAUAUGAGCACAAGCAAGGGUAACAUUACAUGGGAAAACUUUACCGGCAUGAAGGCGCCCAAGAAAGUUGGUGAUGUCAUUGUCUUGCCCAUCACAAGCUUCAGCCCCGGCAUUAAGACCAUGGGUGCUGGCGAGGAUGACGACCCAAUGGCCUAUGUGAAGCACAACUUUGAAGGUACCUGGAAGCCUGAGAGCGAGCGUCACAUCGGCAAGACAUACAACUGA